AUGGAUUACCUUAAACAACCUGAGUUAGUUGCAAAAGUUCAAAAUUAUUUUGGUGUUAACCGUAAAUUAAAGCAAAAAGAUCAAGAAUAUACAAUAGAAAAUAGAUUUUGGUACUAUCUAUUCCUAUUUGGAACCGCCUUGGGAGAUGAAACAUUUUAUUCUGCUUUUAUACCAUUCUGGUUUUGGAAUAUUGAUGGGGCUGUGGGAAGAAGGUUUGUUUUAGUUUGGAGCAUAGUAAUGUAUACAGGACAGCUAUUCAAAGAUAUAAUUCAGUGGCCCAGACCGGGACCACCUGUAAUUCGAUUACACAAUAAAUGGGCUCUGGAAUAUGGCAUGCCUUCAACGCAUGCAAUGGUUGGAGUAUCCAUACCAUUUUCUAUUAUAUUAUAUACAAUGGACAGAUACCAGUACAAUAUUCCUUUGGGCAUAUCCAUUUCAGUGUUAUGGUGUACAAUUAUUUGCGUCAGUAGAUUGUAUUUGGGGAUGCACACAGUUUUGGAUGUUAUUGCAGGUGUGAUUUUAUCGAUUUUAAUCAUGUUUCCAAUGGUACCUUUGGUAGAUGCGAUGGAUAAUUACUUGCUUACAAGUCCAUCAUCUCCAUUGCUACUGAUAGUGUCUUCUUUAUUAAUAUUAGUUUACUAUCCAAAUAGUGGGAAAUGGACACCAACUAGGGGUGAUACAGCAAUGAUAAUCGGUGUGACCGUCGGAAUCUUAGUAGGCUCAUGGACCAAUUACCAAUCGGGAAUAAUGAAACCUUCAGAAUUGACGGCUCCUUACGCUAUAAUGUGGCCGUCCUACACGAUGUUCGGAUGUCUAAUCCUGCGAACCAUUAUCGGUUUCGUUGGAGUCGUACUGACUAAAAAAUUUUGUAAUUAUUUCACAUACAACUUCCUAUGCGCUCUUCUAAGAGAAGACGUCGACAGUCUGAAAAAAUCUGAAAAUACGCUUCAAAACAAACACAAAACGUUCGUAGAAUUGAGUUGCAAAUACGUUUUUUGCGGUAUGAUCGGUUUUAAUACUAUGUACGUUAUUCCGCAGCUGUUUAGAUUUUUGAGGAUCGAAAGGCCGACGUUUUUUACGGAAAUAUGA